CGACUAUGUAGUGUGUGAUCCGCGACUAGAGGCACCGGAAAUAAUCCCUAGCCAAAGUAGCAGACGACGCAAGCGCACAGCAGUUUUCUGUUGUCGGCCCAUCUUGGCUUUGAUAUAUCAUAAAAUACUGGUUCAUUUGCUAGUUCAAUCAAAAUGGCAACCAUCUCUCGUACUCUUCGCCCAUUCCUAAGGUCAGUCCGAAGUCAUGUCAGAAAUUACGCCGAGGCAUUAAGGGAUGAUCAGAUGAAAUUCACCUUUGCUGGUGCGAACCAGGUAUUUUAUGAUACAAAACCAGUCCGCCAAGUGGACGUGCCAUCGUUUUCCGGAGCCUUCGGUAUUUUGCCUAAACAUGUGCCGACUCUGGCCGUCCUUAAACCAGGAGUAGUCACAGUAUAUGAAGAGGAUGGCACAGUUAAGAAGGUAUUCGUUUCAUCCGGAAGCAUCACAAUUAACGAUGAUUCUAGUGUACAGAUUCUGGCAGAGGAAGCCCAUCCAGUUGAAAAUCUGGAUAACGGAGCUGCCAAAGAAAUCCUCUCCAAGGCCCAACAAGAAUUGAGCGCUGCCUCUUCAGAUAAAGACAAGGCAGCGGCAGCGAUUGCAGUCGAAGUUGCCGAAGCUCUUGUUUCUGCUACACAAUGAACUUUAUAAAUAAAUUUCCUUGAUCGGAGACGAGUUCGCAUUGUACUCAAAUCAUAGCAUUAGUAUGAAAAUAUAUAUAUACAUGGCUUACUUCAUUGUAACUACACAAUUUCUUCCAACAUCCGUACAAUAAAAGUAGAAAUUGUAUGAA